CCUCCCUGUCUGUCUCUGGUCAUUUUCCCCUCCUGCUCUCGCCUCCGUGUCUUAAUUUUUUCCCCUCUUUCGAGUGCCACCUACUUUCCUGAAAGCCACCUAGCAAAAGGUCGCUUCCGUUAUUUCCAUUCGGGGAAAGCGAUGGCGGCGAGACGAGGGAAUUGGCAUCCGCAGCCGGCGCCGACUCCAAGGAUUAUCCAUCUCCCACGGCGGUCCAGGCUGUCCCGGUCCGCGAAGGCGGCUCUGGCGGCGGCGAAGGCGCGGCCGACGAGGUUGCAGGCGGGGUCCAGCAGGAAUCUGGGGGCUCUCUUUGACGAGGAGAGGUGGUUCGCCGGCGGAGGUUCGGAAAGGAGGGCGAGGGUGGAGGCAGCGACGUCGUCCGGCGAUAGCGCCGGGGAUUCCGGGGAGGAGAGGUGGAGGUUUCAGGCGGAGAUCCUCCGAGCGGAGUCCAAUUUUCUACGCAUAGAGAGGGAGGUGGCGCUGCGGAAGUUGGAGAGGAAUCGGGCUCAGAUGGAGGCCGCCUUGAGAUCCGCCGUGGAAACUCUCAUUUCAGGGAGUAAGAAGAUUGAUGGGAGUGAGAGCAUGGGGACGGCGUUGAAGGAGGAGAUCGAGGAGCUGGAGGAGAAGCUGGAGGAGUUGCAGCUGGAAAAGAGUGGUACGAGGAGGGUGAAUGUGAGGAGCUGCGGGCGUAACUUCGACCGGCAAGGUUCGGUGCUCCGGCGGCGGCUUGAGAAGACGGCGGACGAGACCAGCGUCAGGGAAGUCCGAGAGAUCGCUGCCGAGGAGAAAGAUGAUAAGGAAAACUCUCCUCUCCAAUCCGAUCAUCCUCGCCGGUUUUCCGAUGUCGAGAUGCUUAGGAGGUGGAUGGAAGGGUUGUCGAAAGGGAUGUUGGAGAGGAUGGAGGAGUACGGCGGCCUGCUCUCUGCCAACUCUCAUUCGACGACCAUCAGUCGCAGCGAAAGCAAGAUGAGAUGUGGCAGCAGGAAAUCGCACGACCGCUGCCAGCCUCAGCAGGUGGUGGAGGAGAAGGGAUGGGCUGUGAUGGGGUCGGAGAACUGCUGCAACUGCAAGAAGGCGGUGGGGAGGAUAAUGGAGCAGGUGAGGGCAGAGACACAGCAAUGGAGUGAGAUGCAAGGCAUGUUGGAACAAGUUAGGGUGGAAAUGGAGGAACUCCAGUCAUCCAAGGACCUCUGGCGACAUCGCGCCAUUACUUCCAAAAUAAAUAUCCGCUCCAUUCAGACUCAAAUGCUGGAGUGGAAACAAAAGGCACACGCCUCCGAGCACAAGGUAACUGAGCUGCAGAAACAGGUGUCUGAGCUCCAAAUCAAGCUUCAAUCAACAAGGGCUGCGCUUUUCAACCCCCCCACUUCAUCCUCUCGAACACGUUCAGAGAAAUGGAACCAUGAUCUUCAAAGGAUCAAAAACCAGCAGCAGAGAAUGCUGGACUCUCACAGGGAGAAAGAGAAGCAUGUCCUGGUCUGCCGCUUGAAGAAUCCACAGAGCAAUUUUCCAAGACGUUCGCCAUUGCAGGAUAUCGGAAACAACUCUCCUAUGUUCCGGCCAUAAUAUUGAGCCUAUAGUACUACAAAAUAACUUCAGAGGGAAGUAAAAGGAACCUGGAUUGCAGCAACACAUGGUCUUGGACUGCCUCAAUGGAUCAGUUUUGCUUGUCAGAGGUGGUGGUAGAUCCUGCCACAAGAUCCGAUAAGCAGCUCCGGGAAAGCGCAUCUGAAUUAGAGGAGGAUCGGAAAAUUUGGUUUGUUUGAGAGCAGAUUUUCCUUGGGUGCUUGUAGCCUUCUUCUCCUAAGCGAACAAAACUGUUGCUUCCAGGAGGAUGUAAUUUUAGUCUCUAAAAGAAGGAUGGAGAUAGUGGCUCUAUCGACAAAGCACUCUCUUGGAUUGAAUGGAUUUGUAUCUACAAGGUUUUGCUAGAGCAUAAUUAUCACUAUGAAUGCAGAGUCAAAUCAAUGAUAUGUGAGUGUGAAAUGUAACAAAAGCACCAGAUAUUUUACCACUCGAACGGAGGUGGUUGAUGCUUAAUGCAAUUGUAUUAACAGCUUAGCCGGGAUUUUGGAAUUGAUCAUGGAUAACCUCUUCAUAUAGGUGAAAUGGAAAAGAUUUUUGAGGGCUA